GAACCUCUCUCCCUAGAAGUCUCUGGUUACGGUGAAAACCCUUAUUUAUCCCUCUCUCCCUGGAAAACACCAACAAAAUCAAGUCUUCCGUCCAAACCGAAGUAAACAAUUAACAUAUCGACGGUGAUGGCCGACGAAGCAAAGGCUAAGGGCAACGCCGCCUUCUCCGCCGGAAACUACACGGAAGCAAUCAAGCACUUUACUGAUGCCAUCAACAUCGCUCCUACAAACCACGUCCUCUAUUCUAAUCGUUCCGCCGCUUACGCUUCGCUAAGUCAAUAUUCGGAAGCCCUUACCGAUGCUAAGAAGACCGUUGAGCUAAAACCAGAUUGGUCGAAAGGCUACUCUCGRCUUGGUGCGGCUCAUCAUGGCUUAUGCCAAUACGAGGAUGCGGUAUCCGCUUAUAAGCAAGGUCUUGAAAUCGAUCCGAAUAAUGAAACCCUAAAAUCUGGGCUUGCGGAUGCUCAGUCGGCUCAAUCUGCCGCUGCUUCUUCCUCCAGAUCACGUGCGCCGCCGAAUAAUUUGUUCGGCGAUGCGUUUGGGCCGGAUAUGUGGGCAAAGCUAACGGCUGAUCCGGCCACGCGAUUGUAUAUGCAACAACCGGAUUUUGUUAAAAUGAUGCAAGACCUUCAACGAAACCCAAGCAAUUUGAAUUUGUAUUUGAAGGAUCAGAGAGUUAUGCAAGCGCUUAGCGUCUUGUUGAACAUCAAGAUGCAAUCUGCGGGUGAGGAUAUGGAGAUGCCGGACUCUCCUCCUGUGGAGAGGAAACGUCCGGCAGAUGAACCAGAGCCGGUGAAGGAGAAGAAGCGGGAACCUGAGCCGGAACCGGAGCCAGAACYGAUGGAGGUGUCAGAGGAGGAGAAGGAUAUUAAGGAGAAGAAAACRCAGGCGCAAAAAGAGAAAGAGGCUGGCAAUGCUGCUUAUAAGAAGAAGGAUUUUGAAACAGCUAUUGGACAUUAUUCGAAGGCGUUGGAAUUGUAUGAUGGUGAUAUUUCGUUCCUYACUAAUAGGGCUGCAGUGUACUUGGAAAUGGGGAAGUAUGAUGAAUGUAUUAAAGAUUGCGACAAAGCUGUUGAAAGRGGAAGAGAGCUUCGGUCAGAUUAUAAGAUGGUUGCUAGGGCUUUGACAAGAAAAGGAACUGCUUUGGUUAAAAUGGCAAAAACCUCCAAAGAUUAUGAACCUGCAAUUGAGACAUUUCAAAAAGCUCUUACAGAGCAUCGCAACCCUGACACGUUGAAGAGGCUCAAUGAUGCAGAGAGAGCAAAGAAAGAGUUGGAGCAACAGGAGUAUUAUGAUCCUGAACUUGCUGACAAAGAACGGGAAAAAGGGAAUGAGUACUUCAAAGAGCAGAAAUACCCUGAUGCUAUCAAGCACUACACAGAGUCUUUGAGAAGAAACCCCAAAGAUGCAAGGAUUUGUUUUGAGAUAUUUCUUAAGGUGUGGGUUCCUUGGACAAUAAGGUUGGAAGAUCAACAUCCGACGAGGGAUGGAACUAGUGGAAUGCCGGUGACUACGAGGGCUGGAAGCUAG